AUGAUACCUGAGGAAGUAAAUAGGCCCAAUAUGGAGAUUGUGCCUUCUGUGGAUCUUACAAAAGCUUUCACCACUAGCCAAGCUUUUGAAUCCUCCAAAGAUCUUGUUAAUUGGGCCAAAGCUGUAGGUAAAGAGCAUGGCUAUGUUAUUAUUAUUCAGAAGUCGGACUAUGGAUCUGACAAAAGGAGGGUCGUGAUGACACUAGGAUGUGAGCGUGGCGGCAAAUAUAAACCAUCCACAUCGGUGUUAAAGCGAAAUCGGACUGGAACUAAGAAGUGUAAUUGUCCAUUCAGGCUAAGGGCAAGGCGUAGUAAUAAAGAUAAAAUGUGGACGGUGCUUGUGCAUAGUGGGAUCCAUAAUCAUGACACUGCUGAGGUUUUGCAGGGUCACUCAUAUGUUGGCCGUCUAAAUCCAGAGGAAAAGGCGAUGGUGGGAGAAAUGAUUGAAGAAAGGGUCAAGGCCAGUGAUAUUUUGAUUGCUAUAAGGAAACACAACCCAACCAACUUGACUAGAAUUAAACAGAUUUACAAUGAGAAGCAAGCAUACAACAGGUUGAAAAGGGGAUCGUUGACCGAGAUGCAACACUUGAUGAAGUUGUUGGAAGAACACAAAUACGCACAUUGGUCCAGGGUGCAGGAUGGUACUGAUGUGGUCAGAUCUUUGUUUUGGGCACACCCUGAUUCCAUUCACUUAUUCAAUGAGUUUCCUCAUGUUGUGAUUCUGGAUAGUACAUACAAGACCAAUAGGCACAGGAUCCCUUUACUUGAGAUGGUGGGGGUUACGUCGACAAAUUUGACAUACUCAAUUGCUUUUGCGUACAUGCAGAAUGAGCAAAAGGAUGAGGUUGUUUGGGCUGUGAAUAGAUUAAAAGACUUGAUCAUUAAUGAGGACAAUCUGCCGAAGGUCUUUGUUACAGACAAAGACCAAGUUUUGAUGGAAGCAUUGGAAACUGUUUUUCCCGCAGCUCGCUGUCUUCUAUGUCAGUUUCAUGUACUUAAGAGUGUAACUGGCGAGAUGAAGAAACUUGUGAAAGACAUUGAGACACGUGAAGAUAUUAUUGAUAGAUGGAAUCGAUUGAUGUAUGCUGCCAACGAGGUUGAGUAUGAUAAAGCUGUGGGUGCUAUGUCGAAUACCGGUGAGCUCUGGACUUACAUUGAGACUAACUGGUUGCCUUUGAGAAGCAAGUUUGUGAAGUUUGAGAUUGAUACUUGUAUGCACAUGGGGUGCACGACAACAAACAGAGUUGAGGGGGCACACUCAAAGCUGAAGAAACUAUUGUCCGACAGUAAGGGUGACUUGGUCAUUGCGUGGACUGCGAUGAACAAGCUUAUUAUCAUGCAGCAUGACAAGAUAAAGGAGUCCUUCCAGCUCAGCAUAUUUGUCACAGAGCAUUCUUUGAAUGACCCGUUCUAUAAGCAUUUGCGCGGGUUUGUAUCUAGAGCCGCAUUGCACAUUAUUGUUAAAGAGAAGACUCAAAUUGGCAUGAUUGGGGUUGGUGGUAUAUACUGUGAAUGUGUACUUAGGAGAACCCAUGGACUACCAUGUGCUUGUGAGCUCAUGAAGUUUGAAUCUGUCCCAUUACUUACAAUUCAUCCACAUUGGAGGAAAUUGACUUGGGAUUCUUCGGACCGUGACAGGGAUCCAACAUUGGGUUUGAGUUUUGAGUCUGAAUUUGAUAAAUUACGAACCAAGUUCGAGGAGUCUUCUCACGGAGUUAGAAUGUCGAUCAUUGAGAGCCUUAGAAUGAUUACUUAUCCAGAAACGACUUCUAUGUGCGCUCCAACAAAGAAGAAAACAAGGGGUAGGCCAAUGGGAUCCACUAACAAGCCCAAGAAGUUUGCCAAGGGAUGUGGUGAGACCUCUACAAAGCGCAUUCCUUGUAGAUGGGAGACUAUUGACAAGGAGUAUCCGGGCUCAUGGCGUGAUAGCAACACGACACCAUUACAGGAACCUUCUCCAAAGUCCUCUGAUCCGGAUGGUGUGUACAAAGAAUAA